AUGGUUAAUGAAUUUAGUUCUACAUAUGCUAAUCAACAAAUUUUUGAUGUUCAUUACAUUUAUAUUCCAAAUCAUUGCUGUGGUCUAAUUAUUGGAAAAAAAGGCCAAACUAUAAAACGACUAGAGGCUAUAUCUGGUGCAAAAUUAACAUUUAAAAGUAAAGAAGCAAACUUUACACAUACACCAUUGAAAAUUUUUGGUUCCAUGGCCGCAAUACAUAAUGCUCGUGAAUAUAUAAAUGAAAUACUUCUUGCAAAUAAUGAAAGGUACUCAUUGCCACAACAACUUUUAAAUGUUAAUUCAUCUUUUCUUUAUGGUUAUUCAUUAAACUAUGAUAAUGUACUUAAUAAUAGUGAUGCUUUUACAUUUUCUGAUGUAAAUUUGAAAAAUAUUUCACAUAAACAUCUUUUUAGAGAUGAUUUGUCUUAUUUACAAUAUAAAAAUAGUAAUAUUAAUCAUUUAGAAAGACUUUUUGGAAGGUACACUUGUAUAGGUGAAACUGAUGGAAUUAAUGAAAUUUUUAAUAAUCUACCAAAUGAAAUAUGGUGUAAAAUUUUUAGUAAUAUUACUUAUAAUAAAAAUAAUUCUAUUGAAUUGUUAAGACUUCGUCUUGUAUCUAAAAGAUGGAAUAAUAUUAUUGAUAAUUUAUGUAUUAGAGGUCAAUAUAAAGUGGUGAAAAAAUUAAUUAAAAUUCAAUUUCUCUGCUAUUAUGGAGAUAGUGCUGAGGAUUGGAUUGUAAAUCUUUCAAAAAGUGAACGUGAUUCAGGUAUCAAUUGUAAAAUCAAAGACUUACAAAAGUACAUUAGAUUUUUGAACUUUGAAGGGAAAUUACUUUUUUGUGAAAGUGGUUCAAUGAAUGAGUAUAUUUUUGAUUGCCUUCUUCAAUAUAGAAAAUUUAUUAAGCCAAGAACAGUGACGUUUACUGGUGGAUUGUUAAAUAUCAACAAAAAAGGAAUGCUUGCUUUUUUAGGAAUGAUGCCAAGUAUAGAAAAAUUACAUUUUCAAUGGUGCGAACCACAAAACAAUUUUUUUGAUGAUAGCUUUCUUAUAGUAUGUCCUAAUGUUAAGGGUUUUUUAAUUCAACAAACAACUAGAAGUCUCCGUAAUCAACCGAGAAUUAAUUUUACUAUGGGUGGAUUAACACAAGCUAUUUCAUUAAAAACUGACUAUAUCUUUAUUCCGUUUGUCCGAAAUUUUAGACAAGAAACAGUUCAAAGAAUGAUGGAAAAAUAUUUUAGACUUUGUGAUGGUAAUAGGCAAAAAUAUAUGGCAAUGAUUUCUGUGGGACAUAUUAAAAGGCCACAAAUCAAUGCAGCUCUUGAUAACCUUGGAUGGAUUACAAGAGAAGAUAACUCAACACUUGCUUACCAAAUUCCAAGACCAAAUUUGAUUAAGAAAGAUUUACCAUUAUUCUUUCAUUCAGUUGAUUGUACUGGAACAUUAAUUAUUACUACUUACAAUAAUGGAGAUAAAUUUGGUAGAUAUGGAGCACCGAUACUUCAUUUUAACAAUAGAACAGAAUUUACUGUUAAUGAAAAAUCCAUGAUUUGGAAUGUACAUAAUGAUCUUUAA